CUAUUUUCUAUUACUUACAGUUGUAUCCAUGAUUUUUUAUAUCGAUGACCUUCCUGUUCAUUUUCCUUAUGACAAAAUAUAUCCAGAACAAUAUCAAUACAUGUGUGAUUUAAAGAAAUCACUUGAUGCACAAGGUCAUUGUGUUUUAGAAAUGCCAUCAGGAACUGGUAAAACAGUAUCUCUUUUAUCUUUGAUUGUCGCCUAUCAAAUGCAAUACCCUGAACAACAUCGAAAACUGAUUUACUGCUCUCGAACUGUACCAGAAAUUGAAAAAGCACUUGCAGAAUUAGAACACUUGAUGGAGUAUAGGCGGAAGGAAGGACUACAAGAAGACUUCUUUGCACUUGGUUUGACUUCAAGAAAAAAUCUAUGUCUACAUCCUGUGGUAUCCAAAGAAAAGAAAGGGAAACUUGUAGAUUCAAAAUGUCGUGAUAUGACAGCAAGUUGGGUGCGCGCAAGAGCAGGAAAAUUGAAACGUGGACAACAAGAACAGGAACAAGAUACAACAAUUCAGGUGGAUACCAAUAUUGAACUAUGCGACUUUUAUGAACAAUUAGAAUCAACUCCUUCUCCUAAACCUAUUCCAAAUGGUGUUUAUACUCUCGAGGAUCUGAAAAAUUAUGGAAAGAAAAUGAAAUUUUGUCCCUAUUAUCUUGUUCGACAAACGCUUCCAUUUGCCAAUGUGGUGAUCUUCUCCUAUCAUUAUAUGCUUGAUCCCAAGGUGGCAGAACUUGUUUCCAAAGAAAUGUCCAAAGAUUGUAUUGUGGUGUUCGAUGAAGCCCACAAUAUUGAUAACGUUUGUAUCGAAUCUCUGAGCAUAGAUCUUACUCGACCUAUUCUCGAUGCUGGGGCAAGAAGUGUAGGAUUAUUGGCAGAUAGAAUCACUGAAAUCAAAAAGACAGAUAGACAAAAAUUGGAACAAGAGUAUUCAAAGCUGGUUGAAGGAUUACGGGAUGCUAGUUCAGCGAGAGAUGAAGACACUUUUAUGGCCAAUCCGGUGUUACCUGAUGAUCUGUUGAAGGAAGCUGUACCUGGCAAUAUUCGACGUGCUGAACAUUUUGUAGCAUUUUUACGACGAUUUAUUGAAUAUCUCAAGACACGAAUGAGAGUGAUGCAUGUUGUUGCUGAAAAUCCAACAUCGUUUUUACAACAUGUGAAAGAUGUUACAUUUAUUGAACGGAAACCACUGCGAUUUUGUGCCGAAAGGUUGACAAGUCUUGUACGAACUCUUGAAUUGACUGAUUUGGAACAUUACUCAAGUUUACAACGAAUUGCAGCUUUCGCCACUUUAGUAGCAACUUAUGACAAAGGCUUUUUACUUAUUUUGGAACCGUUUGAAUCCGAUAUGGCAACAAUACCCAAUCCAGUAUUACAUUUCACAUGUUUGGAUGCCUCUAUUGCUAUAAAACCGGUGUUUGAAAGAUUCAGUACAGUAGUUAUUACGUCUGGUACUCUAUCACCUUUGGACAUGUAUCCCAAAAUGUUGAAUUUCCAAACAGUUGUACAAGAAAGUUAUGCCAUGACUUUGACUCGCAAUUGUUUCUUACCAAUGGUCAUUACGCGUGGUUCAGAUCAAGUUGCAGUUAGUUCAAAAUUCGAGGUACGAAACGAUCCUGCAGUUGUGCGAAAUUUUGGACAGAUUAUGGUGGAAUUCGCAAAAAUAGUACCAGAUGGUGUUGUAUGUUUCUUCCCUAGUUAUCUUUAUAUGGAACAAAUCGUCUCAAUGUGGAACGAUAUGGGUAUAUUGAAUGAAGCUUGGAAACAUAAACUGAUCUUCGUUGAAACUCCUGACGCAGCUGAAACAAGUUUAGCUCUUGCCAAUUAUCGAAAGGCGUGUGACAAUGGUCGGGGUGCUAUUCUUCUCUCAGUGGCUCGUGGAAAGGUAUCAGAAGGGAUUGAUUUUGAUCAUAAUUAUGGCCGUGCAGUUAUCAUGUUCGGUAUUCCCUAUCAAUAUACGGAAUCAAGAAUUUUAAAGGCUCGAUUGGAAUAUUUACGAGAUAAUCAUCAUAUUCGAGAAAAUGACUUUUUGACCUUUGAUGCUAUGCGACAUGCUGCUCAAUGUGUAGGACGAGUACUACGAGGAAAAACAGAUUAUGGAUUGAUGGUGUUUGCUGACAAAAGAUUUGCCCGAGCCGAUAAACGUGCUAAGUUACCGAAAUGGAUCAAUCAAUAUGUGACAGAGGCAUCCACCAAUUUGUCAACUGAUAUGGCCAUUGGCAUAGCGAAGAAAUUUUUAAGGACAAUGGCGCAACCAAUUGAAAGCAAUCAAACAGGUGUAUCAUUAUGGACGAUUAAGGAUAUUGAAAGUCGACAAAAGAAGAUUACAGCACUUCCCUAGGUUAGGUAAUUAGUUAGUUAGUGAGUAUGAUUGUGUUUUGUAUAUAGUUACUUGUUUUACUUUGUGUAUCAUUGUUGAAAAUAAUAAUAAUAGUAAUAAUAAUAAUAAAAAAAAAGAAGGGGUUGGAAUUGACAUGAGUCACAGUGAC